AUGAACUGGUCCCCAAGACGCUCCCUCGCCCAAACCGAGGAAAUUUUGACUGCGCCGGGAAGUUUGCAUGAAUUGCAGACAUCUUUGAUUGACGGCCGACUCUACCGUGUAUACAAAAAUCUCUGGCCCUCUCUGCGCGACUUCUGGCUCUGGGCAUCCAAUGAGCACGCCGACAAGACAUAUGUCGUAUUCGAGUCUCAGAGAUACACAUAUCGCGAGAUAUUCCAACGUUCACUGAAAGCUGCGAGUAUCUAUCAAGACGUGUACAGCAUACGGAAGGGCGACAGGGUGGGCAUAUGUUCUCGAAACUACCCGGAAUAUCUGGUGGCAUUUUGGGCAUGCCAUUUGAUCGGUGCCGUGUCUGUUCUCGCCAACGCCUGGUUACCCAUUGAUGCACUCCGCCACUGCCUUAUACAUACUCAAUGCCGACUAAUAAUCGUAGACCCUGAACGAGCGGACGUUCUAGAAUCAUCCGCUCUGAAAAUGACUCAAGACGAGGGAGUCCGAGGCUUCGUGGUACUCGAGAGUCAUGAGGGCAGAGGCUACUGGGAUGGGAUGGAAAACUGGAUAUCCAUUGAGCAAGAAUAUCAAGGGGACAGCUCAAAAUUACUAUCCCAAUCGCCGGGCGUCCUUCCAGAGGACAACGCGACCGUUAUCUUUACUUCCGGAACGACCGGCUUACCGAAGGGUGUCCUGAGUACUCAGCGACAAUUCCUGACCAAUGUUCUGAAUGUACUCGUUGGCUCGCGGCGAGCAGCACUCCGACGGGGGGAGGACAUCUCAUCAACGCCUCCGCCUGGUCCGCAAAAGGGCAUUCUAGUCUCUGUCCCCUUUUUCCAUGUGACAGGUUCAACUAGCCUAUCUAUGAUGGCUUCUUUAACCGGCUUGAAAAUCGUACUUAUGCGUAAAUGGGUUCCCGAAGAAGCUCUGAUGGACGUCCCCCUUGCUGAUAGGUUGAUUAGAGAAGAGAAUAUUGGUGUCGCGGGAGGCGUGCCCUCGAUGGUUUCUGAUCUCACGGAAAGUUCUUUGCCUGGAUAUCCGCUCGACGCGCUGCUGUUUGGUGGAGCACCGGCACCCGAUCAGCUAGCAGCCCAAGCUAGACGUGCUUUCCCAAGUGCUAUAAUGAGCCAAGGAUACGGUUUGAGUGAAACUAACUCAAUUGCAGUCGCCGUCGCAGGUGAAGACUAUGUCACUCGCCCUACUACGACUGGUCGCCCGACGCCUGUCAACGACGUGAUCAUCAUGGACGGCACUACGAGCUGCGCGGCCGGUCAGGUCGGAGAAGUCUGGCUACGAGGGCCAAAUGUGAUGCGAGGGUACUGGCGGGACCCUGAAGCCACGAAAAAGAUCAUAACGAAAGAUGGGUGGCUUAGGACUGGCGAUCUCGGAUACCUCGAUGAGGAAGGGUUCCUGUACAUCAAAGAUCGGAUAAAGGACAUCAUCAUUCGUGGGGGUGAAAAUAUUGGAUCGGUUUCCGUGGAGAACGCGUUAUAUGCCGACCCAGGCGUCGCCGAGGCCGCAGCCAUUGGCGUGCCGGACAAACGACUAGGGGAGCUUGUUGCGGCUGUGGUGUCCGUCAAGCCAUCGUAUAUCGGACAAGUGACUGAAGAGUCACUGAUACAAACAGCUCGGAAGAAGCUGCCUCGAUUCGCCGUGCCCGUCAUGAUUAUUGUGCAAGAGCACCCGUUUGAACACACGCCUUCAGGGAAGAUACGGAAGGAUGAACUGCGAAAGCUGGCACGAGAAGAAUGGGUGAGGAGGUGCAUGACGGGCACGGAGCCACUUGUCAAGCUAUGA